AUGGAGACUGCGCGCGGACCCGAUCGAGCUGUCUCGCUCACUAACAGAUGCGGCGAGUCGAAGAGCCCAUAUGUGCGAUCGCAUAUCGACAAUCCGACCGCAUGGCAGCUAUGGACACCCGAGACUUUGGAACUGGCUCGUCAGACAAAUCGCCUCAUCUUCGUCAGCAUAGGCUACUCGGCCUGUCACUGGUGCCAUGUAAUGGCGCAUGAGUCGUUCGACGAUCCUCGCAUUGCACAGCUGCUGAACGAGCACUUCGUUCCCAUCAAGAUCGACAGAGAAGAAAGACGAGACAUUGACCGGCAAUACAUGGAUUUCCUUCAAGCGACCAGUGGUGGUGGAGGUUGGCCACUGAAUGUCUUCGUAACCCCAGAUCUUGAACCCAUCUUUGGUGGAACAUAUUGGCCGGGCCCAAAGAGCGAAAGAGCGCAGAUGGGUGGGACCACUUUUGAGCACAUCCUGCUCAAGGUCUCGCGUAUGUGGAAAGAGCAAGAGGCGAGAUUGAGAGCCAGUGGAAAGGAGAUCACCAAGCAGCUCCGCGAGUUUGCGCAAGAAGGACACAUUGGAGGUCGUGAUGGGAAGGGAGACGACAACGACGGCCUUGAGCUGGACUUGCUGGACGAUGCAUUUCAACACUACAAGAAGCGCUACGAUCGCAAGUUUGGCGGCUUUGGUGCUGCGCCAAAGUUUCCUACACCUGUCCACCUUAAACCGCUGCUGCGUGUAGCUGCGUAUCCCAAGGAUGUUCGCGAAAUUGUUGGAGAGGACGAGUCUAUCGAAGCAAGGGCAAUGGCUGUCAAGUCGCUCGAGAACAUAGCCAAGGGUGGUAUAAAAGAUCAGAUUGGCCAUGGUUUUGCCAGAUACUCCGUCACUCGCGACUGGUCGUUGCCACAUUUCGAGAAGAUGCUCUACGACAAUGCCCAGCUUUUACCAGUGUACCUCGAGGCGUACAUGCUUACAAAGUCGCUCCUGUUCCUGGAGACUACUCACGACAUCGCCAAGUAUCUUACUAGUGCACCAAUGGCAUCGGAACUCGGCGGCAUUUGCUCUGCUGAAGACGCAGACUCACUUCCCACCGCCGUUGAUCACCACAAGCGAGAGGGCGCAUACUAUGUUUGGACCAUGGACGAGUUUAAGAAGAUUCUGACUGAGGCAGAGGUUCAGGUCUGUGCCACCUACUGGGGUAUGAAGUCGGAUGGCAACAUCGACACGCAGCACGAUAUACAAGGCGAAUUGGUAGGGCAGAACACACUCUGUGUGCAGUACGAGCCAGCCGAACUCGCCAAGGAACUCAACAUGUCCGAAGACGACGUGAAGCGCGUUCUCGCAGAUGGCAGACAGAAGCUACUUGCCUACCGGGAAAAGAAUCGACCAAGACCAGCGCUCGAUGACAAGAUUGUGACUUCGUGGAACGGCUUGGCUGUGGGUGGUCUUGCACGUGCAGGCGCCGCGCUUGAUGUGCCUGAGUACAUCGCAGCUGCCGAGAAAGCUGUACACUGCAUCCGUACACAGCUCUUUGACGAGAACGCGAGGACUCUGAGGAGAGUGUACAGAGAAGGUCCAGGCGAAACCCAAGGCUUCGCCGACGAUUACGCCUUCCUGAUCUCUGGCUUGCUGGACCUCUACGAAUCGACUUUUGACAGCCAAUGGCUCGAGUUCGCAGACAUCCUCCAGCAGACUCAGACGAAGCUUUUCUGGGAUGCAGAGAAGUUUGGUUUCUUCUCUACGCCUGCAAAUCAGCCCGACAUCCUCAUUCGCACAAAGGAUGCCAUGGACAACGCUGAGCCCAGUGUCAACGGUGUCAGUGCCAUGAACCUAUUCCGAUUAGGCUCGCUACUGAGCGACGAAGACUACGAGAAGAUGGGCAAGCGCACAGUCGCUGCCUUUGAUGUGGAGAUCGGCCAGCACCCAGGCCUCUUCAGCGGCAUCCUUGGCAGCGUCGUUGCCUCGAAGAUGGGCAUGAAAGGAGUCAUGGUUGUUGGCGAUGGAGAAGUUGCUGAUAUUGCACUGCAAAGAGCGCGCGAACAAGUCAGACCCAACCACACCAUUGUCCGCGUUGGUGGUGGCGCGAAGAGCGAAUGGCUGCAAAGUCGCAAUGGGCUCUUGAAAGCUCUCGACAGUACGAGAAGAAUGGUACAGCUCUGCGAUGGUGGUGUUUGUCGCAUCUUGAACCUCAAGGAGGUGAAGAGCUUGUUUGAUGCGUGA